AUGGAGUUUGAAUUCCAUAUGAGGGAGCUAGACAACUUGGAUAAGCGCAUAAGACCGUACACGGAGAAAAUUGGCCAUGAAAAAUGGUCAAGGUACUCUACCAUGACAUCAAACAUAGCCGAGGCACCGAACUCGGCAAAUUUAGCGACAAGGGAAACACCGGUGACAACAUUAAUGGAGUGCUUGAGGGCACAAAUGCAAGAGUGGACAUACAAUAAUAGAAAUGAGGCACAAAAAUGCACAACAAGGCUGACACCAUCAUCUGAGAAAAAACUCAUAGGGAACUAUGUACAGUCAUUGCGACUAACAGUGAAACCAGCAAACCAGAACCUGCUUGAGGUGAUAGAUGAAGACAGAACAAGAAUAGUAAACUUGAAGGAGAAGACGUGCACAUGCAAUAGAUUUCAAAAAGAUGAAAUGCCAUGUAACCAUGCAGUCGCCGUCAUGAAGGACUUGAACAUAAACACAUACAACUAUUGUGCACAAUACUACACAUCAAAAGCAUGGCUGCAAACAUAUGAAGAAACAGUAUACCCAGUUGGAAACGUAAGAGAAUGGGAACUUCCAGAAUUUUUUGAAGAAAUCAUAGUGUUGCCUCCAAAGGAGAGAAUCAAGUCUGGAAGGUCGAGGAAAAGAAGAAUGGCAGCAGCUUGGGAAACAAAGAAACAAAACAAGUGUGGCAAGUGUGGACAAAAGGGACAUAACAAAAAGACCUGCAGAAGAAUUACAGCAUAG